AUGACGGAACACGGUGAGGCUAACAAGGCCAAUGUUGCUUCCGAACCAAAUGCGCCAAAGAGCGCCUCGCCUUCAAAAACCAAGCCUACUGCGACCGGCUCCGAGGCGCCUGCAAAGACCUCGAAAAAGCGAAGAAAGGUCAAUCAUGCAUGCAUCUACUGCAGACGUUCGCACAUGACCUGUGAUCUCGAACGACCAUGCACACGCUGUGUCAAGCGAAACAUUGGCCACCUGUGUCGUGAUGAGCCUCGAGAAGGUGUCAAGAAGGCCAAGUCUGAGCCAGACAAUGGCGAAGGACAGAGUCAGCCUCCUCAGAUUGAACCCGCCACGUCCGAAGCAGCGCCCGCCGCCACCCUCCAACAGCCCACUGCUCCAGAUGCCGGACUCAAUUUGGCACCGCAUCAACUGCCCCCUAAUGGAGAUGCAAGCACGGCAUCAGGUACUCAACCCGGCCCCGUACCCGCGCCACAGCCGCCUGCUUUGACGGCUAGUAAUCAGCCCUCUGUCAUCGUCACUGACAGCCUUAAAGUUGGGAACUAUGAUGACUUGCUUUCAUCGUCACGGAACAACUUUCAGGACAUGCACUUUCAUCCUUCAUAUAUGUUCAAUACCUCAGAAGUGAGCAACGAGUAUAAUCUGCUCAACGACUUUCUCAACAACAGCCUCAUGGACGACGGUGCUUUCUACGGAGGCAAUGACUUCCACUCUCUUUUUUCUGACGCUUCCCUUAUGAACUCAAUGGGCUCUCUAAACAGCAACUCUGCUUUCAAUCCUAAUGGAUCAAGACAGCAACAGUUGCUUCCCCCACCUGCGCAGAAUGCUGCUGCUAAUACAGCACAACGAUCCGCAGGCGGGGUGCCUAUUGACAAAGCAAGAGAAAGAUACCUCAUAACAGCUGCUGACCCGGCCGGAUCGGAUAGCCCGGAAGAGCGCAUGAACAAACUACUCAAGGCAAAAGUAGACGCAGGACUAUUGAAGCCCUUCAACUAUGUCAAGGGCUAUGCAAGACUCAACCAGUACAUGGAACAGAAUCUGCAGCAAAUAUCCCGCGUCAGAGUAUUGCGCCAACUGGACCGCUUCCGGCCAAAAUUUCGAGAACGAAUGCAAAGUCUGACCGAUGUAGACUUGGUGCGUAUCGAAAUGUGGUUCGACAAGAGCUUGAUGGAGUACGAUCGUGUGUUCGCAAGCAUGGCUAUUCCAGCUUGUUGUUGGCGAAGAACAGGCGAGAUUUAUCGAGGCAACAAGGAAAUGGCACGGCUCAUUCACGUACCAAUAUCAAAGCUACGAGACGGGAACAUUGCUCUACAUGAGAUCAUUGCUGAGCCAUCGUUGGUAUCAUACUGGGAAAAGUUUGGUGCAAUCGCCUUUGAUCACACUCAGAAAGCUAUUCUGACGAGCUGCUCGUUGAAAAACCCUGAUCCGAACUCUAAGGAUCCCGAAAUACGUUGCUGUUUCUCUUUCACUGUCAAGCGAGAUGCCUGGAAUAUACCCGCGUUGAUUGUCGGCAACUUCCUUCCUAUAACCGAGGCUACCUCUGGCCCGUUACCUGCGUCGUAG